UUGGAGGCGGGGAGGGGGCCGGGCGGACUCCGCCAGUCCGCCCCGCGCGCCCCGCCGCCCGCACGGGGGCCCGAGCCGCCCGCCGGCGCCCGGCCGCUGAGCGCCUGCCCUUCGGGGUGCGAACGCCUGGCCGGCGGGCGCCUGCCGCAGCCGGGAGUGCAGCGAGGCCCCAGGUACCUCUUGCAACAUUCCUUGGCGAAGGCUGUUUAGCAGUGGUGACCUCUUCCAAUCGAGCACUGUACAAAUUAUUAUCUCUGGACUCCCAGCUGACACCCUGCCGGAGGCAAGAGCUACUAAGCCAGCUGGAACUGUGCCUUUUCUCUUGUCAAGAUUUCUUUCUUACACAGGAAAAAGAAAGAAGAAAAAAAAAAAAGAUGAAGUUGGGCAAAGUGGAGUUCUGCCAUUUUCUGCAGCUGAUAGCUCUUUUGCUGUGUUUUUCUGGACUGAGUCAAGCAGAACUCUCAAGGUCCAGAUCAAAGCCCUAUUUCCAGUCGGGGAGGUCCCGGACCAAGCGCAGCUGGGUGUGGAAUCAGUUCUUUGUUCUGGAGGAAUACAUGGGCUCGGACCCCCUCUAUGUAGGAAAGCUUCACUCUGAUGUUGAUAAAGGAGAUGGUUCCAUCAAAUACAUCUUGUCAGGCGAAGGGGCAAGUUCCAUUUUCAUUAUCGAUGAGAACACGGGAGACAUCCACGCCACCAAGCGGCUGGACCGGGAGGAGCAGGCCUACUACACGCUCCGGGCACAAGCCCUGGACCGGCUCACCAACAAGCCCGUGGAGCCCGAGUCCGAAUUCGUCAUCAAGAUUCAGGAUAUCAACGACAACGAGCCCAAGUUUCUGGAUGGUCCGUACACUGCAGGAGUUCCUGAAAUGUCUCCUGUAGGGACCUCGGUGGUACAAGUCACAGCGACUGACGCCGAUGAUCCUACCUACGGCAACAGUGCCCGAGUGGUAUACAGUAUCCUGCAAGGACAGCCGUAUUUUUCCGUGGAGCCAAAGACAGGAGUCAUCAAGACCGCCCUUCCCAACAUGGAUAGAGAGGCUAAAGACCAGUAUUUGCUUGUUAUUCAGGCAAAGGAUAUGGUUGGUCAAAAUGGAGGACUGUCAGGCACUACAUCUGUCACCGUGACCCUAACUGACGUCAACGAUAACCCGCCUCGCUUUCCACGAAGGUCUUACCAAUAUAACGUCCCUGAAUCACUGCCUGUGGCAUCAGUUGUGGCCAGAAUUAAAGCUGCUGAUGCAGAUAUAGGGGCUAAUGCUGAAAUGGAGUACAAAAUUGUGGAUGGUGAUGGAUUAGGGAUUUUCAAGAUUUCUGUUGACAAAGAUACACAAGAAGGAAUCAUUACUAUUCAGAAGGAGCUGGAUUUUGAAGCCAAAACAAGUUACACACUACGGAUAGAAGCUGCAAAUAAAGAUGCCGACCCUCGCUUUCUAAGUUUGGGGCCAUUCAGUGACACGACAACCGUGAAGAUAAUUGUGGAAGACGUGGACGAGCCCCCUGUGUUUUCCUCACCCUUAUAUCCCAUGGAGGUGUCCGAAGCCACCCAAGUUGGCAACAUCAUUGGCACCGUAGCAGCUCAUGACCCGGAUUCUUCCAACAGCCCUGUGAGGUAUUCAAUUGACAGAAACACAGACUUGGAGAGAUACUUCAAUAUCGAUGCCAACAGUGGAGUUAUUACAACCGCCAAAUCUUUGGAUCGAGAGACAAAUGCUGUUCAUAAUAUCACAGUCCUUGCAAUGGAGAGCCAGAAUCCAUCCCAGGUAGGAAGAGGCUACGUGGCCAUCACCAUCCUAGACAUCAAUGACAACGCACCUGAAUUUGCCAUGGACUAUGAGACCACUGUCUGUGAAAAUGCCCAGCCAGGUCAAAUUAUCCAGAAAAUCAGUGCUAUUGAUAAAGAUGAGCCAUCCAAUGGACACCAGUUUUACUUCAGCUUAACAACAGAUGCAACAAAUAACCACAACUUCUCACUGAAAGAUAACAAAGACAACACGGCUUCGGUCCUCACCAGGAGGAAUGGCUUCCGGCGGCAGGAGCAAUCCGUGUACUAUCUGCCGAUUUUCAUCGUGGACAGCGGAUCCCCUUCGCUCAGCAGCACCAACACCCUCACCAUCCGCGUGUGCGACUGCGACGCGGACGGCAUGGCACAGACCUGCAAUGCUGAAGCCUACGUCUUACCUGCGGGGCUCAGCACCGGCGCCCUGAUCGCGAUUCUCGCCUGUGUCCUGACACUGCUCGUGUUGAUCCUUCUGAUUGUCACCAUGAGAAGACGGAAAAAAGAGCCCCUCAUUUUUGACGAGGAGAGGGAUAUCAGAGAAAACAUCGUCAGGUAUGACGACGAGGGCGGCGGCGAAGAAGACACAGAAGCUUUUGACAUGGCCGCCCUGAGAAACCUCAACGUCAUCAGAGAUACCAAGACGCGCAGGGAUGUGACCCCGGAAAUUCAGUUCUUGAGUCGCCCAACUUUCAAAAGCAUCCCGGAUAACGUCAUUUUUAGGGAAUUUAUUUGGGAAAGACUGAAAGAAGCUGACGUUGAUCCCUGUGCUCCUCCUUAUGAUUCUUUGCAGACAUACGCAUUUGAAGGGAACGGCUCAGUAGCUGAGUCACUCAGCUCUCUAGAUUCCAUCAGCUCAAACUCUGAUCAGAAUUAUGACUACCUGAGUGACUGGGGACCUCGUUUUAAACGACUUGCAGACAUGUAUGGCAAUGGCCAGGAGAGUUUGUACUCAUAGCCUUGGGACCUUAGUUGGAAAUGUACUGAAGAAAAGGUGAAAGCAAAAAAAACACUCAACUACUCACAGAAAAUAAGAACUCCACUUGCUGGAGAAAAAUGGCUGUAUAUAUUUCUCCAUUUCUGUUUAGGUUUCUGCCUUGGUGAAGCGGAUCUUCAUUAGACUUACCUGAGGGACUGCACUGACCACAGACUGAGCAUUUGAUACAAAGAAAUGCUCAGUGGUUUGUGAAUAGAUAGCAACUCUCAUAUACCUGCAAAGGCACCUGAUCUCUAUGAGUAAGUAGCAUCCUUGUCACCACAGAGCCAAGGACACCCUGUCCUACCUUCAUGAUAUCACCAGCGAGAGGAAUAAAACGUGAUGUGCCAUUGAGAAGUCAUGGAACGUCUUGCAUAUCAAAACUAGGAACAAAUUUAAUUUACAGUGAUGCUUUUAGCUUGCUAGAUUAUAGAAUCCAGCAGGAUUUUAUUGCUAUUG